ACGCGAAAGCAGAGAGAAAUAACGGAAAUAAUCCUCUUCGGCGGUUUUACUUAUUUUACAUACAUGCCGUUUUGUGUAACAACGGAAUUUACAUAAAUAACGGAAGUUCGAUACCAUAUAUAAAAAUCAUUUUAAGUUAUAAAAAGAUAUAAUGGCUACGGAAAACAAUUCAACGCAAAUAACUAAAGAUAAGAAUGACGACGAUAAAAAGAUUUUUGACGAAAAUAACGAUGAAAUAAAUAUUAAUGAUGAUUUAAGUAAUGUUAAUAAUAUUGGUUCCAAAUCAAAAAAGAAAAAGAAAAAUAAAAAUAAAAAAAAGUCUACUACAGAAUCGACGACAGAUGAUAAAGUUGAUUUAGAUGAAAUAGUAGAACAUAUACUAAGUGAAAACCCAUCUACAUCUAAAACAUGUUCUGUUCCAAAUUGUAAGCAAACAUCAAGUGCUGUUAUGGACCUGACAUGUCAAUAUUGUAAUAUGAAAUAUUGCAUGAAACAUAGAUAUCCUGAGGCACAUUCCCCAAAAUGCGUUGAAAAGGCUAGAAACGCUGCACACUCUAAUUUUAAACAAGAAUCAAUUCAUGUAAUAACUCAAGAAAAAAAAACCCCUGGUUCAACGAAUGCAAAAAAUUUCAGUGUUAAUAAAAGUAAAGAAGAAUUAAAGAAACGAUAUAAAGAAAAAUUAGACAAAGCAAGGCGAAAUGAAAGAGGUGGAUAAGAACUAGAUCUAUAUAAUUUUUAAAAAAGAAAUUUUAAUUUUAUAAUGGAUACAAUCUGAUUUAAGAGAAUUCUGAAAUUUACAGAAUGUUAUGGCAUAGAUUAUCUGAUUUUAAUGGCUUAUAUUAGAUGGUGAAAGUUUGCAUAAAAAAAAUAAAUAAAAUAAAUAAA